AUGCUGGUUUAUGUCGAUGACAUUAUUGUCAUGGGCAAUGAUCCCCGUCUGAUUCAACAAAAUCUAGAUGUGCUGGCUAUAAGGUUUUCCAUCAAGGAUCUGAAGGAUUCACACUAUUUUCUAGGCAUUGAUGCACGUCGGACACCGUCUGGUUUACACUUGAAUCAACGGAAAUACAUUCUAGACUUUCUCGCUCGCACCAACAUGUUGUCAGCCAAGCCGGUCACUACACCUAUGGCAGUCUAUCGAAAGUUGUCUCUCCACUCUGGUACAAGACUCUCUGAUCCAUCUGAAUACCGAGCCAUUGUUGAAAGUCUGCAAUACAUGUCCUUUACCAGGCUUGAUCUCUCAUAUGCUGUCAGCAAACUCUCACAGUUUAUGUAUGCUCCUACAACUGAGCAUUGGCUAGCAGUGAAGAGAUUGCUUUGGUACUUAGCUGGAACACCAAACCAUGGAAUUUUUCUCAAGAAAGGCAACAAUUCGACACUGCAUGUGUACUCAGAUGCUGAUUGGGGUGGUGAUAUAGACAACUAUGGUUCGACAAAUGGUUAUAUUGUGUACCUCGAGUCUCAUCGACUCUCGUGGUCUACAAAGAAAGUACAAGGAAUAGCAUGGUCAUCGACGGAGGCUGAAUACUGA